CGAAGAGGAAGGAGUUUGCGCGCGUUCAGCUGCCGGCAUUUGGUUUUUAUUUGACUUUGUUUGCAUUGUUUUUUACGAUUCUCGCGCCGAUUCUUGUUUUUUUGUGUGUUUGUGUUUUAUGUUUGGCUUUGUGCUGAGUGAAGAGCAAAAACUACUGCAAAUGCAAAUAUUGCAGUGCAGCUAAAACAGUUACGCGAAAUACAAAAUAACUGCAAAACGCCAAGCAAAGCAAAGCGACAAAAUUCUGUUUUCGUGUGUGCGUUUGUUGGUUUUGUUUUAUUUUUUUGGUUGAUGUGCAAGUGAAAGCGUGUGAAAAAUAUUCACCUUAACGUUCGACACGCAGCGAGGCCAAAGCCAAAGCUAGCAUCAAAACAAAAAUCAAAAUCAAAGGUCUUGGCUACAUAUCUGUGGUCUCGCUCUCACUUGAAACACUUCGGCGUAUCCUGCGGUCAACCGAAACUUCCGUUAUUAACUUCCAUACGCUAUGCAACCGCAACUGUUGAGCCCGCGCAACAGUUGAUCAACAGUUUCAAACAAUACACAGAGCCUCUGCGUGCAGCCGCCAUGCCAGCAGCGAGCGUCGCCAGAGAUUGAGCGCCUGACAUUGUGAGAGAUCGUGGGGCCUUUCGGAUGCCAGCCAUAGGCGUCGCAAUCAGUGGUAGCUGCCCCGCACGCACAAUGGCCACCCAUGGCACGCCCCUGACCGCCAGCUCGCUCUAUCGGCCGUCGAGCGGUGCGAGUGGUGCCACGCCCAUUGCCGCUGCGGUUCAUUAUCAGCCGAAAGCAUUCGCCGCCGGCGCCGUUCAAAAUGGAGCGGAGCGCAGUCGCCUGCUGGAGCUGCUGCGAGCGCCCAACAAUCUCACCUCGCCCACACUGGAGCCCUCGUCUAAGGGACUGCUCAAUGGACCAGGACAAAACAAUUGCUUCCUCAAUUGCGCCGUUCAGGUGAGUUCAUAUGCCCAAGCUCCUCUAUAGACUUGUAUUAUGAAU